AGUUGCAAACGAUUCGUGCUCGGAGAGAGUUGAAAGCUUCAAAGUGGAGGAAUAAAGUGAUUUUUCUUUCUUGUGGUGCAAAGUUUGAGUGAAAAUAUUAGAACAUGGCGUCCAUUAUCCUCAUUGGACUUACCAUCAGCCUGAUUUUGUACAGGAUUUACAAAUAUAUGUUCUAUCGCCCAAAAAAUUUCCCUCCAGGUCCGCCUCGUUUGCCAAUCUUUGGGAGCUACCUAUUUCUCUUGCUCCUCAACCGUAAGGAAAUCCACAAAGCAGUUCUUAAGCUUUGCCAAUGGUACAAAUCGAAAACAAUCGGGCUCUACAUAGCAGGUGCCCCCACAAUUAUUUGCAAUGAUUACGAAGGAGUCAAAGAAAUUCUCAAUAGAAGUGAAUUUGAUGGACGACCGGAUAUUUUCUUGGCCCGCAUGAGAGAUCCUAAUCACAAUCUUCGAGGGAUAUUUUUCAUUGAUGGUGGAUUCUGGAAGGAUCAACGUCGAUUUGCACUCAGGCACCUUCGGGAUUAUGGAUUUGGAAGACGUUUUGCUGAAUUAGAAAUUGAAGUUAGAGAUGAACUUUGUCUCUUUUUGGAUAUUCUCAGAGGUGGACCAAAAUAUCCGCACGAGGAAAAAAUCAUGAAAAAUGGAUACGUUUUAGUACCAGACAUCUUUUUUGCAUCAAUGAGCAAUGCCUUUUUGAAAAUAUUAUCAGGUGAUAAAUUCCCCAGAAGCGAACAAGGAAUUCUCUUCGAAACGGGACGUGCUGGAAUUCGAUUCCAACGAGCUGGAGACGACUAUGGAAAACUUUUGAGCAUUAUUCCGUGGAUUCGUCACUUCUUCCCAGAGAAGUCGGAUUAUAUCAAUUUGAAAGAAGGAAAUGGAGGAAUUUACAAAUUUAUCAAGUCUAUCGUGGAUAAGCACAAGGAUACAUUCGAUGAGAGUCACGAGAGAAACUUUAUUGACUUGUACAUUCGGGAAUUGAAAACACAAGAAAAGGAAGGAAUUCCCAAUCCUGUCUUUCACUAUGAACAAUUGAUCCUGAUUUGUGUGGACUUUUUCUUCCCUGCCUUGACUGCUGUACCCGUAACAAUUGCAUUCCUUUUGCAAAGGCUAUUGCAUCAGCCGGAAAUCCUUGAGAAAAUGCAAAAGGAAAUUGACGAAGUGGUUGGGAAAGGACGACUACCGGAACUGGAUGAUAGAAUCAACCUACCCUACGUGGAGGCUACUGUUCGUGAAAUUAUGCGCUUUGAAACCCUCGUACCAUCUGCUAUUCCGCACAGGGCUCUCGUGGAAACUACACUAAUGGGAUACGAUGUCCCCGAAGGUUGUUUCGUUGUACCUGGUUUAUAUGCCUUUCACACUGAUUCUGCACUCUGGGGAGAUCCACAUGUUUUCCGCCCAGAGAGAUUCAUCGGACCGGAUGGAAAACUUUCCCUAAAGCUCGACAAAUCUCUGCCAUUUGGUGCCGGGAAACGACUUUGUGCGGGAGAAACUUUUGCACGUAACACCCUCUUCCUCAUGAUUGCUGCUCUUGCACAAAAUUUCAACAUAAGACAACGACCUGGUGAAAAACUUCCAGAUAUGAAAAAGAAUGAUACGGGUUUGAUUGUACUUCCACAGCAGUUUUGGAUUAAAUUUGAAUCACGUUAAAAAGAAAAUUUUUCUUGUAUGUAUCGACUAAUUCUUUGGUUUUUCUUGUAGAAAAGUGUACCUAUAUUGUCUUAAACAGUAAGUUUUAAUAAUAAAGUUGUCGAAAAGAA